AAAGAGUAUGAAUAUUUCAGCAAACUGCCUCUUCAGUGGUUCCUCGUUAGCAUCUGAAGUGCAUGCUGCUGCUGUUAAUGGAGAUAAGAGUACCCUCCAAAAGCUAAUAGCAGGAAACUCUGAGCUGAAAGAUAAAGAGGACCAGUUUGGAAGAACUCCACUUAUGUACUGUGUAUUGGCUGACAGGCUGGACUGUGCAGAGGCAUUGCUGAAGGCUGGAGCCGACGUUAAUAGAGCUGAUCGUAGCCGAAGAACUGCUCUCCAUCUUGCUGCACAAAAGGGAAAUUACCGCUUCAUGAAACUUUUACUGGCUCGUAGAGGGAACUGGAUGCAGAAGGACUUAGAGGAUAUGACACCAUUACAUUUAACUACACGUCACAAAAGCCCAAAAUGUUUAGCUUUGUUGCUAAAACAUAUGGCACCUGGAGAAGUGGAUACCCAGGACAGAAACAAGCAAACUGCACUGCAUUGGAGUGCCUACUACAAUAACCCAGAGCAUGUGAAACUUCUCAUAAAACACGAUUCGAAUAUUGGAAUCCCUGAUAUUGAAGGAAAAAUCCCACUUCACUGGGCAGCUAACAACAAGGACCCUAGUGCAAUUCACACAGUGAAAUGUAUUCUGGAAGCUGCACCUACAGAAUCUCUGCUUAACUGGCAAGACUACGAAGGACGAACUCCCCUUCAUUUUGCUGUUGCUGAUGGGAAUGUAGCAGUUGUUGAUGUCCUGACUUCCUAUGAAGGCUGCAAUGUGACAUCUUACGACAACUUGUUUCGAACUCCCCUUCACUGGGCAGCCUUACUUGGUCAUGCACAGAUUGUCCAUCUCUUAUUAGAAAGAAAUAAGUUUGGAACUAUCCCAUCUGAUAGUCAAGGUGCAACACCCCUACAUUAUGCAGCGCAGAGCAACUUUGCUGAAACAGUUGAAGUAUUUUUGAAACAUCCUUCUGUAAAAGACGACUCAGAUCUUGAGGGAAGAACAUCCUUCAUGUGGGCAGCUGGCAAAGGCAGUGACGAUGUCAUUAGGACUAUGCUGACUUUAAAAUUGGAUAUUGAUAUCAAUAUGACAGACAAAUACGCUGGCACAGCGUUACAUGCUGCUGCCCUUUCUGGCCAUGUCAGCACAGUGAAAUUGCUGUUGGAACAUAACGCACAGGUCGAUGCUUUGGAUGUCAUGAAACAUACCCCGCUUUUCCGAGCCUGUGAGAUGGGACACAAAGAAGUGAUACAAACACUCAUUAAAGGAGGAGCAAGAGUAGAUUUGGUUGACCAAGAUGGCCAUUCACCCCUUCACUGGGCAGCCCUUGGAGGAAAUGCCGAUGUGUGCCAAAUCUUGAUAGAAAAUAAAAUCAACCCUAAUGUGCAGGAUUAUGCAGGUAGAACACCUCUGCAGUGUGCUGCUUAUGGAGGUUACAUUAACUGCAUGGUAGUGUUACUGGAAAACAAUGCAGAUCCAAAUAUUCAGGAUAAAGAGGGAAGAACUGCUUUACACUGGCUCUGUAACAAUGGCUACCUUGAUGCUAUAAAGCUGCUGCUUGGUUUUGAUGCUUUCCCUAAUCAUAUGGAGAACAGCGAGGAGAGAUAUACUCCACUUGAUUAUGCCUUGCUUGGUGAACACCAUGAAGUGAUUCAGUUCAUGUUAGAACAUGGGGCUCUGUCUAUAGCUGCCAUACAGGACAUUGCUGCUUUCAAAAUUCAGGCUGUCUACAAAGGAUACAAAGUCAGAAAGGCUUUCCAAGAGAGGAAGAAUCUUUUAAUGAAACAUGAACAGCUGAGAAAAGAUGCUGCUGCCAAGAAACGUGAAGAGGAAAGUAAGAGAAAAGAAGCCAAGCUGCAGAAAGGGAUGCAGAACGUGGAACAAAAUAGGUUUCGAGUGCAACAGAAUCCUGCAAAUCGAGAGAAGACUACCAGCAUCUCGCAGUUACCUAAUAAACCAAUUGAUAUACAGAAUAAGAGACCUCUCUCCCUCAAUGCUUCACAAAUUCAACCAGGGAGAAACAGUAGAGGUUCACCUAAAGCUUGUCACAACAAAGGGACACCAAAGGAGAGUUGCCUGUCAGCAGAGCCUCAGAGUGAAGGUCAUAAAAUCAGGCAAGAUCCGUUGAGGAAACACAUCAAAAGCAAGUCGAGUUGUGUCCAUUUCCAUUGUGGCAAGGCAAAAGAGGGAACAAAAGUUGAAGUGAAACAUAAGGUUGCAGCUGCUACAGAACUGGAUGGAGAAAAGCACAAGGAGCACACUGUCGAGGCAACGGGUACUUGUGCUCGGAGGAGCAGAAGGCAUACUUCUGCUUGUAGGACUGCUAGUGUUGGGGAAAAAUUAAGAGAUCAAAGUCAGUCUUCAUCUGGCAACAGGGACCACUGUGAAGGAACAGCUGUGUUCUUCUGCAACGUCAGCUGUACUGGUGGAAUUGCAAGAAACUCAAAGCAGUGUGAAGCUUCUUCCAAAGGCAAAAGGCAUCAGCAGAAACCCAGAAAUAAAGAGGUAAAUGAUGAGCGAUGUUCACCAGCUGGCUCUAGUAGACCAGGAAGUGCCAAAACAGCAUUUGUAAACACCAGGAAUGACAGCGUGCAUGCUGUAGAACAAACUAACAAAGAGGGAAAUAACGAAUUAGCAAAAAAGGCCUCCCCUUUAUUGUCUGCUGAGGCAGGACCUACCAGAACUGUGCCAAGAAACCCAGCAGCGUGUUCUGCUCCUGAUGACAGUUUGAACUUGGAAAAAACAGGCGUAAUUGGAUCCAGGAAUGCGGAUGAUCAGUUAUGUUCUGUCACAUGGCAAAGUACAAAUAUUGAACUAAUCCCUUUAGAGAUUCGAAUGCAGAUAAUAGAAAAAGAAAGAAAAAGAAAGGAGCUGUUUCGGAAGAAGAACUAUGCUGCUACAGUCAUACAGAGGACAUGGAGAAGUUACCAGCUAAGACAGGAGUUGUUUCAGCUUCUUAGUGCUAAGCGGCAGUGCAAGGAAGAUGAAGACAAAUGGAGACAAGAGACAGCUGCCUUCUUCAUUCAGGUUGCUUGGAAGAAACAGCUGAACCAUAGCCCUCUGAAAUCAGUUCCUUCAUGUAAAAAUCUGAAAUCUAUAAACAAAACCAGCCCAGCCAUAAAAACCAGCAAGCAGUCCAUCCUUAAGCAGAUAUAUGGACGUUCUCAGGAAGGCAAAGUGUAUCAGCCAACAAGACCUCCUUCUAAGCUGAAACUUUCUGAUGUGCAGUUGGUCUCAGGUGCCUGGAGUGGGUCAGAAUGGACUGUUCAGUUUGAUUCUUCUCUUGCAGCAGUAAACAACCUACAGUGUGUUAAUUUGCUGGAGAACAUGGGAAAAUCAAAGCAAUUUUCAUACAACAUGAGACCAGCCGCUGCUGCAAAACCGAAAAAUACAAGACUCAAGCACUAAGCAAAACUGAAUGUUUGGAAUUUAAAAAGCACAUUGCAGUACAACUGUUAUCUUUCAUAAUGUACAAGUCAUCUAUAACAUACUGAACACAUUUUCAAUUUUGUAUUAUCUCAGCAUUACAUGCCAAGCACACUUCUAAGGCCUUGGACUCAUCUUAUUUUGUGUACAAAUGAGUUUUUAAAUGCAACUGUUAAUUUACUUACUGACAGGAUGAAAUCUGAAUUGCAUUUGGAAACAGAAAAUGAAGCAGUAAGCCCAGCAUUACAAUAGAGUUGCAGGGGCUCCAAAAGUCUUCCCUUGUCAACAGUAGGAAUGUUGAAUGCGUUCAUCAAACGCCGUUUCAAAGGAGAGGGACACUGUACUAAGAUGUAACAGUUCUAAAAGACUGCUGUUCAAUUUCACCUCAAAUUUAUUAAACAUAUUUCAAAAUCUAAACAGGAACAGAAGAACAGCCUUCAUGCUCCGCUUCUGUGCUAAAGAAACAAUUGUUUCUUAGCUAGCUAUGGAUUUAAAGGAAAAGUAGAGACGUUGACAAAAAAACACUCAGUAAAUAAAUCGCUUUCCACAGCCCAUGGAAAUUGUUAGAGAUGUGUUUUCUACCCUUUUAAGAUUAUCACCGAUUUUUUCCAUAUUAAUAACUAUUUUUAUACAUGCACAAAAAGAGUUUCUACAGAAAGCACGAAGAGAUGGCACCUCUUCUAGAAGAAAACUUGUUCUUUUAAUAGCUUUGGAGCUGCCAGCAUACAGUAUUUACCUUGCACAGAGUAUUUAAAAAUAUGAACUCGG